AUGCGCCGCACCGGAGAGAUGAGCCGGGCGGGGCGGCGGGAGCCCUGCCCCGCGGCCCCUCGGAGCAGCGGCCGGGCCGUGCUGGGGGUGCUGGCGGAGAACGGGCAGCAGCGGCCCGGCAGCCAGGGUGCUACUAUUAUCAGGUGCUUCUCUGGCUCUGAAAACACCAUCCCUUCAUCUGGAAAAGAUGAGUUACUCAACCGCACAGUCAAUGCUGCAUCAAAGCAAGGGUUUGCUAUCUAUGUGGAUGAGCAGAAAGAAAACUACAGUGGCCAAGUGGCUGAAGAGCUGGAAUCAAGUGUGGGUGAACUGGAUACUAGUGCAAUGACAUCCAGUAUUCACCUACUGCUGGAUCUGAGUACAGGAUCUCCUAUGGUAGUGGAUACAUCCUUCCAGUCUCAGCCUGAGGAUCAUAUGGGAGAUCCCAUAACUCUGACCGUGGGAGAAUAUGCAGAAGAUAUUCAUCAGUACUUACGAGAGGCUGAAGUAAGAUUCAGGCCCAAGCCCCACUACAUGAGGAAGCAACCAGAUAUCACAACAGGAAUGCGUGCCAUCUUGGUAGACUGGCUGGUGGAAGUAGGGGAAGAAUAUAAACUUCGCACAGAGACUUUGUACUUGGCAGUGAAUUUCCUGGACAGGUUUCUUUCCUGCAUGUCUGUUCUCAGAGGGAAGCUGCAGCUUGUAGGAACAGCAGCGAUUCUUCUGGCUGCGAAAUAUGAAGAGAUCUAUCCACCAGAAGUGGAUGAAUUAGUAUAUAUAACAGAUGAUACCUACACAAAGAGGCAGCUGCUAAGAAUGGAACAACUGCUUCUCAAAGUGUUGGCUUUUGACCUAACAGUCCCAACCAUCAACCAGUUUCUCCUUCAGUAUUUUCAGAGGCAUGGAGUCUGUAUGAGGACAGAGAACUUUGCAAGGUAUCUUGCAGAGCUGAGUCUCCUUGAAGCUGAUCCCUUUCUGAAGUACCUUCCAUCACAAACUGCUGCAGCAGCCUACUGUCUAGCUAACUAUACAGUGAACAGAUCUUUCUGGCCAGAAACACUUGCUGCAUAUACUGGAUAUUCAUUAAGUGAGAUAGUGCCUUGCCUGACUGAUCUGCAUAAAGCCUGCCUUGAUGCUCCCCUCUGCCAGCUGCAAGCAAUUAGGGAGAAGUAUAAGCACACAAAGUACCUGCAAGUGUCUCUUCUGGAGCCCCCAGUAGUUCUUCCUCUACAAUAGAGACAGUGGAUCCUGGACUUGAAGAUUACUUUGUCCCAAUUGGCAAAACUGGUCUAACAUCUCAGAGCACUGCAGGUCAUGUGUCUAAGCAUAGUGAUCAGAAUGGUUUUUAAGCUAGUAAUUUUUAACUAGAUGCCUUUUUAAAAAAGGUUAUUAGACUAUAUCUCAAUAUAUCUGACAGCACUUUUAAUAAAUAUCUUAUUACACU